UUUGCACUUGUGAAUUAUACUGUGAAUAGGCCUACAACCUGUAAAUACUUCUUUUUUGAUGCAGGUUGCUAAAAACCAUUAACAAAAAAAUGGCACUGGAAUUGUUUGAAGAUAACAACUUGGUGAAAAUCUGUGCCCCGAUGGUUCGCUACUCGAAAUUACCCUUUCGCCUUCUAGUAAGAAAAUAUGGUUGUGACUUGGCUUUUACCCCUAUGAUCAUUUCUGAUUCGUUUAUCCAAGCCCCCAAAGCAAGGGAUAUUGAAUUCACCACCUGUGAUGCUGACCAGCCAUUGAUUGUUCAAUUUGCUGCCCAUAAUGCAACUGACUUUGCAACUGCCUCUGAACUGGUGGCAGAAAAUUGUAAUGGGGUUGAUUUAAACUGUGGAUGUCCUCAAAGAUGGGCUAUGCAAGAGGGAUAUGGAGCUUGCUUAAUUAAUAAGCCAGAACUUCUUCGUGAUGUAGUCCUGCAGACACGCAAUAGAAUUCCUUCGAAUGACUUCACAGUUUCUAUAAAAAUUCGCAUUCACUCUGACAUCAGAAAAACAGUUGAGUUAUGCCAGCAAGUGGAAGCUGCAGGCCUUUCUUUCCUUACUGUACAUGGUAGAACAAAAGACCAGAGAUCUGAUCCUGUUAACCUGGAGGCUGUCAAAUUGAUAAAAGAAAGUGUGAGAAUACCAGUAAUAGCCAAUGGAGAUAUUUGUAGCAUUCAGGAUGCUGAACGUGUCCAACGCGAAACUUGCGUCAACGGUGUAAUGGCAGCCAGAGGCAUCCUAGAAAAUCCAGCUAUGUUCGGUGGAUAUUCCGAAACUCCUAUCGAGUGCAUCAAAGACUGGAUUCAGCUUGCCUUGGAGACUGGAACCUCUUUUACCCAUUUUCACCAUCACCUUAUCUAUAUGUGCGAAAAGAACAUGUCACGCGUUGAUAGAAAGUAUUUUAAUGCGCUUUCUAGUACUACUGCUGUGAUAGACUAUAUGGAACACUAUCUUUCGUUAUGUGAAUAAAUGUUAAGCUGCAACACUGUGGCUGGCGCUUA